AUGGCUGCGGAGAACGACCCUCAGGUUCACUCCGACAGCCCACCAAGAUACAUUGCAAACAGCUUGGCCCCUCUCUCUCCCACUGCUACCGCUGGUGCGCAUCUUUUACAACUCGCAUCUGGAAAGGACUCUGUUGCUCCACCCCUGGAUGACAAAUAUCUGGACAAUAGUCUCUUCCAUUACACAUCGUCCUUCCAGGCUCGACCUCAGGCAGAAUAUUUUGAUUUCGAUGAACGAUAUAUGUAUCACUCGGAUGAGGAAAAUACUCAGGAGAAUGAAGAAAAUAUAGAAUCGAAUCAGUUAAACCUGGAUGAUCAAGUUGAAUUUGAGCCUGAAUUGAGUCAUGAAGAGGAAAAUUUGGAGUCAAUCAUGGAAAAAGUCAAUAUUUGUAAAGUCGAACUGCGGGAAAUGAUUGAGAUAAUCGACAGAUCUGUAUCAUGCACAAUUCCAUAUAAAAGCACAGGCGAUGAAACUCCGGCCAUAGCGAAAGAACUCGCGAGUAUGUUGUCGUUAGUUAAUUAUAAGGAUAUACUCCUACCAUUAGUCAUGGAAAAGCAACGAAUCGUACACAAAGUUGAUGUCAAUUCAGUUACAGGGCCUUAUGUUUCCGCUCAACCUUCUAAUAAAGUUGGCAGCUUACUUGGGGAUGAUCCAUGUGCUAAUUUGCCAAAUUUCGGGGUGGUUUUAGUGAAAUCACCAUCAUCGAUUGCCCAACUUUGGGAUGAAUAUACCAAGAUUCCGUCAGAGUGGCCAGUCGCAGAUAUAUUGGCUUUUACGCAGCAACAAGGGGUGGCAGAUAACAAUUCAAAUGUCGAUUUGAUCGCCAAGAGGAAAACUUCCAUACGACGUCUUGAACAACUCCUCGGAUCAUCAUGGAGAAAUGAUGAUAAGAACCUAUCACGCCAGAUUAACCGCAGGAAGAAGAUCUGGAAAGCAAUUGAAGAAGGCGUGCAGGAUGGGCUAUCAUUGCAGGAUUGCUUCCUGAUUUUGGAAAAUUACGCGCAAGAGCGUGGUAAGGGUUUAAGUUGGUACUAUAAUGGAGUACCUUUCCGAUUAAUAGAUAUGACGUCCAAAAUUAAUCGAGUUCUAAGCUAA